AUGGAGGCACAGAGGCAACCUCAUUCCGCAGUUGCACUAGCUGAUCAACCAGUUAAAGUCUCAUCUCUUCAGGCUGCACAGGGUUCAUCAAGUAUAAGACAGAGUCCUGUGAUUUUUCAGCAGGAACAAGCCCUGCCUCAGACUAUAUACCUGAAAGCCCUUACCAUACCACUAUAUCAUCCUAUCCAGUCAGGAUGCUAUCAGUCAAACAACCAGUUAGCAGCUGGUGGAAGCAGCAUAAAUCUAGACAGCAGUAAUAUGCCUUUAAUCCUAAGCCCACUUCUGCAUUCAGAGAGGAUAGAUCAGCCUCAGUCAGUUGCUCAGAAACAAGCAGGGCAAACUUUGACAUUAAACCUAGUUAGUUCACCGGUUUUACCAUCAAGUUCCUGUCCAAAUGCACCUGUUGGAAGCCCAGGGAAAUCCAAAAAUGCCGGAAAGUACAUCUGUAAACACUGCGGACGAGAUUGCUUGAAGCCAAGUGUCCUUGAGAAACAUAUUCGCUCACACACAGGGGAGAGGCCCUUUCCCUGCACCACCUGUGGUAUUGCAUUUAAAACUCAAAGCAAUUUGUAUAAACACAGAAGAACCCAAACACACGUCAACAAUACCAAGCUGCCCUUAGGGUCUGACAACAGUGGCAUAUUAGAGGAGAAUGAGAAGGCAACAGACAGCAUCAUGUCACACCAGGGUGCAAAACGAGACAAUGUCUGUGAAAAGCAGGGGGCAGGGAUUAAACAAAUAAUUUCAGAGACUAGUACCACAGUGGACACUAAGAAAUUUCCAUCCAUUAUUUCACUGCCAACACUGAAUGCUUUAUCGCUUACAUCAGAAAGUCAGAAGAUAACAAUUGACGAUUCCUAUUGGCCAGAGGCAAGUCAGGGUGCCUCUGAAAGAGAACCAAUGCACGAUCCCCCAAACCUAUCUUCUCCAGUAGUUUUGCCAGACAGUUUACACCAGAGAAAGAAGAUACAGGAACAAAGAUUCUCAACAGCAAAUAAACAUAUUCAAUUGCAAAGGCAGCAAGCAACUUAUUCAGAUAAGCAAUGGGACUGCAAACUAUCUGACUAUAAGCUAAUAAAGUGUGAGAGCACGGAUUCUGGAUAUCUGUCACGCUCUGAUAGUACAGAACAACAGAUGUUGACCUCCAGCCCCCUGCAUAGUCUUUGUGAACAAAGCACAGAGCUGGAAAAUGAAACUGUCUUCAGUGGCUUAAGGUGCACGGCAGGAAGUAGUGCAAAACUGGAUUCAGCUGAGAAAGCAACAGCCUUGAUGCUAGAGAAAAAGAAGCUGGAAGAGCAUAUCUCAAAACUGAUCUCUCAUAACAAAGCUGUGGUGGAUGAUACCCAAUUAGACAAUGUUAGACCCAGAAAAACAGUGCUUUCCAAGCAGGGCAGUAUUGAUCUGCCUAUGCCUUACACAUACAAAGACUCCUUCCAUUUUGACAUCAGAUCUCUUGAUGUGAACAGGAAAAAGAAUCUUUCCCGUUGUUCAGCAAAAUCUACCUUUACACCCAUAGAAAAAUCCAAGCCAUUGUUUUUUCAUUCAGUCCCCACGCAAUUCUCGACAACAAUAGACUGUGUGCCUGUCACAAGAAGCAACUCUUUGCCAUUUGUAGAGAGCACAAGAAUGGUACACGAUAGAGUGGGUAGCUCAAAACUACCAUCUCUCACUAGGCAGCCCCUGAAUACUAGCUCUUCUAGCUUGUUGCAUAGCAACAACCUUGCUACAAGUUCAGUGGAUUUUCCUAACAGCCAUCCCCGUGCACUUGUCAGACAAACAGCAGUGGAUGAUUUGCCACAAAGUAACGCAGUCUAUUAUUAUUCUCCUUCUGAGGAGAUGAAAGAAACUAAAAAGCCUGGAGCUGGAGGAGAAGGAGUGAACACUAAAUGUAAGAAGUCAACUCAAAGGAAAUUUAAAAUGUUCUCUCAGGAAAAAUGGCAGAUGUAUGGUGAUGAAACAUUCAAGAAAAUCUACCAAAAAAUGAAAAGCAGUCAAACCGCCAAGAAACUGAAUCAAAGGGGGGAAAAGGCAACAGACAAUAUAGGUUUCACCCCUGAUCCAAAGGAAGCAGCCAGUAGUGAUGGAGUUAUUCAGCCAAAAGAUGGUAGGAGCUCUUUAAGUGGGAAUCUUUCCUCCCCUCUGACCAUUUCUACAACAGAAUUAAACACUGUGGAAUCAAAAACCUGUCCCAUUGGUAAUCAUGUACUACACGGUGUUUCCUCAAAAGAGAAUGGAAGCAGAUUUACAGAACUAAUGGAAACAGCACAUUCAAUAAAUGCUGGUGAACAGAGUGUAAUAAGCAAAACUUCCCAAAAACAUGGCUGCAGCAACAAACAUAGUUCAGAUAAAUAUACAGGUGGCAAUAAUAUGUUAGUAGCUGUAGGCAGUCAUGAAACGAGGCUUCAACUUAAGCAGAGAGCUAGUCAAUUAAACUCUAACAUGCUGAACACUGAUAGUCUGCAAAUGCAUAAUAGUCAAUUGGAAGAGUCAUGUCCUGGGAGCGAAUCCAAUACUCUCGUAUUAGAUAGUGAAAAUAUUUUAAAAAGUGAUGGAGAAAACCACAGUAGUAAAGAAACUUCUCAACGUGCACAGAUGGCCUUAAGGGCACACAACUGCAGCAGUGGUGAAUCUACACAGGAAUUCCAAAAGCUACCAUCAGAGAGAAAAAAACUGAAAGUCGAUGAGCUGAAAAGUGGAGAUAAUACAGCUCUAAAAUCCAGUCCCAGCCCCAGUAGCGAAAAUAAUACAGUAGGUGAAACAGUGAAAUUGAUAGACUGUUAUAGUGUACAUGCCGUCUCCCCAGCAAUAGUUAAACAGUCAGCUAAAGAAGGAGAGCAGAAUUCAAGCACAGACAUUAAUGAAUCGAUCAGCAGUGCUGAAGGCAUGGAAUAUGAAAAAACCAUGAAACUCCACAUAGAACCCAUAUAUUAUAGUGAUAAUACUGCUAACCUUCUUCCACAAUCAAAAGCUUCACUUUCUGAAUUUCUGGUGCCUGAGUUAAAGAGAGAUCAUUGUAGUUCUUUUGCCUUAAGUAAGGUGACAGAUACAGGAGCCAAAACAUGUCCUGUGACAGCAGGAGCAAAAGUGCCACUUCAUAGUGGUGAUGAUGCUGGUAUAUCUUCCACUACUCAAAAUCUGGAGCUUGGUCAGGUAACUCCACCUCUAAAGAAAAAUGCAUUUUCUCCAAAGUACAUCCUUAAAUUACCGCAAGAAGAGAGUACUACAGACCUGUCACUUUUAGUGGAACCAGGGCAGGAGAGCAUGCCUGGUAUUUCUCUGCCAGUUCCGAUAACCAAAACUUCCUGCACUAUCAACAGUAGGACAAUCAGUGCUGAUUCUGGUGCUGUGUUUUUGUCCCCAUUAGAAUUUGAACUGAGACACCAGGCCAGAGCAGUAGGGCUAAGAUGGGGUGUACAUACAAACUGGAAGGCUCUGGUACCUUUUUCACCAGUCAACUCAACAACAACUAACAUCACAACCAAGAUAGAUGACAGCUUUCAGAACCAAAGCUGCAGGCAGAAGGAAAUAAUGAAAGACACCUGGAAAGAGACUGAGGAUAAAGAUAACUUAAGUGAUCGAAUGCAAGCAGACGAGAAGUGGAUAAGUACAACUGCUUGCUCUGCACAAACCACAGGGAAGAAAGUAUGCUUUACUUCUAUGUAUACAGGUGGCUUUUUCAUAUCUGCAGACAUCAAAGGAGAGAAUCAGGUCUUACGCCACCUUCACUCAGGAAAUAACUCUUUAAUAAUGACAUCUUCAUCAGGCAAAGGGGCAACCUCUAGUGGGGACACUGAACAGACAGGCAUGGGAUGGGAUACAGACAGUAGCUCUUCAGGCAUCUUUAAGGACACUUCACCAGUGUCGCAGGAUUUACAGUAUUCUGUGCGUUCAAUGGACAAUUCCAAUUAUUUUUGCCAUUCCUUUGGCACGUUUUAUUGCCACACCCUCAGUACUCAACAUAAGGAACUCCCUGCACUGUCCCAAAUCAGUUUGACUUGUCUCUCGGGAAACUCAAGGAUCUCAAGCACAAAGGGUUCCUUCCCAUCACUAAAUGCUGAGCCUCAAUUAACUUGGUGUUGUUUAACCAGAAGCCUUCCUCUACCUGCAGAGCAAAAGGAGAAGGCUGACUCUGCUUACUCUUCCUUGCACAUCUGCAAGAACAAUUCUGGUAGUGAAGGCACAUUGUCAAAAUGUGACUUUUCUUUUAUCAAAGUGAAAAAUAUUAGCAAGACUGUGCCCUAUGGCUUCACCACUGGGAAUUUAAAAACACUGGUUUCAUCCUUUUCACAGGGAGAGCAGCCACAGAAGCAGUCCAGUUCAAAGACUGGAGGAAGUGGAGCUUCAGAAAAUAUUUCAGAGCGAGAGAAGAAAGAAAUACUUUGCAGAAGGGAAAAAUUCACAACAAAUAAAUCCAAGAGGAGCCAUAAACAGAAAAAAAUGAAAAGCAACCAAAAAUGGUCCAAAGGGAACCACAUGCACGGAUAUACUCAGUUGAAAACUAAUAGGCUGAGCAAGCAACACUGGCUUCCAAACAGGACACUAGAUUCUCUGAAAAAGCAUCAGCUGCUCCACACACAUGAUAGCCUUAAUCAAUGCGAGAAAUGCCACCCUCCUGUGUCAAAUUUGCAAGAUAAUUAUCUCCCCCAGCAAGAGGAGCUAUCUUGCCCCACCUCAGACAAGCCAGUGUCCAAAGGGAAUAAUCAUAAGAAAGAAGACAGGAAUCACAAAAAUAACUCAGGAAUAUUUUCACCAGCUGGGCAUUCAAGCAGCUUCACGCAAAAAGGCAAACUGGAUGGAAAAGAUGUUCCUAUACCAAUCGAGAAACACUCAAGAGGCAAUCUCUUUCUUCAGAACUUUAAUGCAACUCCAGGAUUACCUAUGGUAACAUACUCAUGUUCAUCACCAGCUAAAGCAGCCAUGCGACAAACCAACAAUGACCUGGACAUCUGCUGUUUAGUGACUCAACCUCUCAUGCUUCAGAAAUCAUUUCCAGUGGAGCCACAGCCAAAUGCUCAUUCUGACCCGGUGGAGUCCUCUUUUUGGUCUUUUCCUUUUGAUUUUGUAGGCACAGGCACAUGCUGCCAGCAUGCGAGUAUGGGUUCAGAGGUUACUGCUCCUUUUUUCUUAUGGCCGAAAGCUGACCACAAAAAUAUACUCAAUGUAGAGUCACAAGGUCAAAGUUUUGCUGCAUUAUACCCAUUGGUCCAGACCUCAGGAAAGGAGGAACAUCCAAUGGAAGGAAAUUCAUACUCAUCUCUGAAGGAGAAACUUACUCCUAGUUCCAAAACUGUGUGUUCAGCUUCAUUGGGAUCAAAGGUAAACACCCUUCCUGAGACAUCAAUCACAAGUACUUGCUUACCUAGCACAGCUAAUAUACAGGGGAUAAACUCUUCUGAUAACAGUUCUCAUGGAUGCAUGGACAAGAAUGGAGCCUACUUACAAUCAGAUGGCCAUCGAAGACUUAAUGAAACUGGCACUAAUACUUUUAAACAGCCCUCAUUUUCCUUCAGUCCCACAGAGUCCACAGCUAGCUCUGAAACACCUUCCAAAACAUACAAAAAAAGAGGUUUAGAGAUGAUAAGGAAACAAACCCGAGUGGAAUACGAUGACACAAGCAGUGAUGAUGAAGACAGGCUAGUUAUAGAAAUAUAG